AUGACCCAAACUACCCAACUCGCCACGCCGACCCGCAAGCCGACGUCGCCGGAGGCCCGAGCGGCCGUCGUGGAGAAGAUGAAGUGCCUGCUGGGCGUCUUCUACUCCCCGUCUGACCUCGCGCCGAAGAGCAGCGACAACUCUCGUGCUCCUCAGCCGGCUCCUCCCAGGAACGAUCCCGCCAGCGCGGCGCUGCUCACGAAGCUCAGGGAGAUGCAGGCCGGCCUCCGGAAGAAGCCUCGCGCGGACCUUCCCCUUGCCCAGGUUUCUGUGGCUCCUGAAGUCCUGAACGCCGAGCCGCCGUGCCCGCGCACCGAUCUGCGGCUGAAUGCCCGCUACUGCACGCCGAACUCGCAGCUCGUGUUGCUCGAUCUGUUGCGGGAGCAGCUGCAGCGCAUCCAGACGGCUCGUCCGGCCUUGCCGAUGCAGUUCCCGGAGCCGCUCCACAGCAUUACUGCCCCACCAUCGUCGCCGGCGCUCGGAGCUGGCAACGACUCGGCAGAGACCAAGGCAUCGGAUGAAGCCGUCUUUUGGCCCAACGAGUACUCGGCUUGCAAGAUCAUCGAUGCGCCUCCGCCGAGCCCUGCUCGUCUCCAGCUGAAUGGCGUCAACCGCCUUGGCCACCCCGUCGAGCCGACCAACGUCUCGAGCCACAGCAUCGGCACCAUCUCUGAUUGGCCCUGGCCGCUGUCGUUUACCCUCCGCUCUGAGUCGGACACCGACGACGAACGCGACUCGCUCUCCUCUUCCAGCCGCCAUUCAUGUGUCUGCUGCUCCCCGAAUCAAUGGGCCGAUUCCUGCUCCAACAUGCCCUCCUCCCCAUCGGCGCAUUCCAUCGAAUCCGAUUCUGCCUCGCCGGUUCCUCCGAUGACCCCGGAUUCUGAUGAUUCCUGGGUUACCGUUUCUACCUUGAGCGCCCGGCACCUGGCCGACGAGCCGUGCGACUGCAACAUUUGCUCGGGCCUGACGGACACUGGCUACUCGUCCUCUACCACCUCGGACGCCUCGGCCUCGUCGUUGAGCCGUUCCAGCUCGCCGUGCCGCUGCGGAGGGACCAUCACCAUCAACAGCUCGCGCAGCACAGUGACCGACUUGGAGGCGUCGCACCUGGAAGCCCCGGUCUUCUUUGAGGCUGCGUCUCCGGCUCGCCUGGCAUCCCGCACCUACUCGGAGGGCGUUUGUGACUGCACCCACUGCAACGCGGCCCGCCUGAACACGUGCACGCGCUCCUGCUGCACCACCGAGGAGAUGUUUGAGCCUCUGAUCGCCCAGCCGUCGGUGAGCUGCCGCCCCUCUGAAACCGCCUCAACCGUCGAAUCGGAGGUGCGCUCCAUCCUCAACCAGGUCGUCUCGGACGUCGUGCUGGAGACGAAAGAGCAGACCGACGACCAGCUCUGGAGUGACCUCACCGAGCCCGGCCCUCCCCCGCAGCUCUCCGAACGCCCCGAGGACAUCAAGGAGGACAUGCGCAAGCUGUUGGAAUACAAGCUGGCCAGCUGGAACUACUUCGAGCGGAUGUGCGCGGAGCGUGUUCGCUCGGCCACCGCGGCGCUCGCCUCCAUCGACUCGGACUGC